AUGAGUACAAAUACAUUGCUACAUGUUCGUGCAAGCUUGAACAGAUGUGCAUUUGUAGCACCUAGAUAUGGAGCUCAAAACAGAUCUAUCAGAAGAUCUGUUGCUCAAUUAGCUGGUGUUAAGGUUCCACCAAUUAAAAAUGAAGCUGUUAAACCAUUUGGUAAGACCGACACUGUGGAUUGGGAUUUGUUGAGAGCUUCAAUUUUAAAAUUCACUGAUAAUGGAUCCUUGGAUAUUCCACUAGUUAUUAAUGGUGAAAGAAUUUAUGGUAAAGGUACCCAAAGAGCCGUUGUUCCACAAAUCAACCCUGCAAAAACAUCUCAAGAACUAGCAAAUAUCACACAAGCUUCUAAAGAAGAUAUUGAAGCUGCUAUCUCUGCUGCCAAAAGUGCCAAACAAAAGUGGCUUUCAACCCCAUUUGUCGACAGAGCAGCUAUCUUUUUAAAAGCAGCUGAUCUUAUUAGCACUAAAUACCGUUAUGACAUGUUAGCUGCAACUAUUUUGGGCCAAGGAAAAAAUGUUUAUCAAGCUGAAAUCGACGCUGUUGCGGAAUUGAUUGAUUUCUUCAAGUUCAAUGUCAAAUAUGCUCAAGAACUAUACGAAACACAACCUGCUGAAACUAGUGCUGGUAUUUGGAAUAGGGCAGAAUAUAGACCUUUGGAAGGUUUUGUCUAUGCUGUCACUCCAUUCAACUUUACUGCAAUUGCCGCUAAUCUUGUCGGUGCACCUGCUCUUGUAGGUAACACUGUUGUUUGGAAACCAUCAAAGACUGCUGCUUUAUCAAAUUAUUUACUAUUGACAAUCUUAGAAGAAGCUGGUUUACCUAAAGGUGUUGUUAAUUUUGUUCCAGGUGAACCAAAUUUAGUUACUGAUGUUGUUUUAAAUGAUUCUGAAUUUUCUGCAUUGCAUUUCACUGGUUCAACUAGAGUUUUCAAGGACUUAUAUAAGAAAAUCUCUGAUAACGUUGCUCUUGAUAAAUAUAAAGAUUUCCCAAGAAUUGUUGGUGAAACUGGUGGUAAAAAUUUUCAUUUGGUCCAUCCUUCUGCAUCAGUUACACAUUCAGCUUUAUCCACAUUACGUGGUGCUUUUGAAUAUCAAGGUCAAAAGUGUUCUGCCACUUCUAGAUUAUAUGUCGCAAGCUCUGUUUGGGAAGAUUUCAAAACCGUGUUAACUGAACAUUUAAAAGAAAUCCAACCUCUUAACACAUCAUCGUACGAAGGCUUAAGUGGAUUCUAUGGUCCUGUCAUUCAUGAACAAAGUUUUGACAAAGUUUCCUCAGCUAUCGAAUCUGCUAAAACUGAUCCAGAAUUGAAGAUUGUUGCUGGUGGUAGAUAUGAUAAAUCUAAAGGUUUCUUUAUUGAACCUACAGUUGUUGAAACCACAAACCCAAAUCAUCCUUUCUUAAAAAAUGAAUUUUUUGGUCCACUUUUAACCACUUAUGUUUACAAAGAUGCUGAAUAUGAAUCAAUAAUCGAAAAAAUUGAUACAACUACUACUUAUGGUUUAACUGGUUCAGUUUUUGCUAAAGACAGAGAUGCUGUUAGAUUAGCUGAAGAAAAAUUGAGAUAUUCUGCUGGUAACUUUUACAUUAACGAUAAAUCAACAGGUGCAGUUGUUGGGCAACAAUGGUUCGGUGGGGCUAGAGCUAGUGGUACCAAUGAUAAAGCAGGUUCUGGUAAUAUUCUUUCAAGAUUCGUUUCAAUUAGAAAUGUGAAAGAAAACUUUUACGAAAUUUCAGAUUAUAAAUAUCCAAGUAACUAUAAUUAG